CAGGUCAUAGAUCCUGGACAGGAAACUGAAUAUGAAUCUGUGGAAGAGAUUUGCUAUUGCAGUGGCACAAAGGACAGGUAAGUCUGCAAUACUGCAUCCUUUAAAGCCCUAAUUAUCUGUACUGUUCUUUUGUGUGUGUGUGUGUGUUUUUUUAUGAUCUUAAAAAGAAGAAUGGUGAUUAGAAAAUUAAUGUACCUCUGGUAAACACCUGUUGCCUUCGGUAAUAAUUUUCUUUCCUUGGCCUUAGGUUUGUAGUAAGCAUAUCGCAAGGAUCAAGAUUUUGAAAUGAGAAAAGAUCUAGUAGCUUCCAUAGGAAAAUCUGAAUAUGUGUUUCAAUACACUUUUAAUACUUUGUUAUUUACAGUCCUUUUUUUGUCUCCUGUCCACAGCAAUAUGCUGCAGUGUAUUUUAUGCAGACGAUUGUUUCAUGUUGGUAAGUUUCCUAUACAGUGUUUAGUGAGGCUAACUAAAGGACUUAAAUUUUUUUUGUAAGUGUGUCUGUCUGUUUUGUGCUUUGUGCUGAUUGUUUGCUAUAGGGAUCGAUAACUUUUCUUUUUGAGCAAAUCCGUGCUGUAAAAGGCUGAGUAUUUACAAUUUUAUACUAUAUGUUCAGCCUUAAAAAGAUAGAAAGAAAAGGGAAGGAAUAAAAAGUUUCUUUUUUUUUUCAGGCUGUCUUAAGAGUGGCAAACCCAGUGCACUUUUGGGAGAUUUGUUCUUUGAUUUAACAUGUGCAACUUGUUCUGUGGAAGGCUCAGAAUCUUGUACAAGACAAAACUUGAGCUGGUUGGUGUUGUUAAAUAAUCCAUUAACUGCUACUGUUAUUUUGGAUUCGGAAUAAAAUGAGUGGGAUGAAAGCGGUAAAAGAUGAAUGGAGGGAAAACGGUUAGGAAAUGAGGGAGAGGGAGAGGUGAAGGAAGGGAGGGAGGUAUGAAAAGCAGGAGGGAGGGAAGAAAUGAGAGAGAUAGAGAAUGGAGGAAUACAUGUACCAGUAAAGGAGAAAAAGAAGGAUUGAAGGAGGGAGGGGGUGGUACAUUUAUCAUGGAUGGAUGGAUGGAGAGAGAUAGCAAAUGGCUGAAGGAUGGAAAAAUGAGGGAAGGAUGGAAAGAGGAAGGGAAGAAAUGAUUGAGAGAUGGAAGGGUCAGGGAUGGGAGAGAUUGAGAAAAUAAGGGUGGGGUGAAAAGGGAAGUGAAGAAAAUUGGGAGGGAUAUGGAAGGAUGAAGGGUGUGAGAUAUGGAGAAAGGGAUGGAAAGAGGAUUAAAGAGAUGAAGAGAGUCAAUCAGGGGGGGAUGGAGGAGGAGGGAAUAGGGAAGAGUGAUGGAGGGAUAGACCUGGUCUGAUUCAACUGUCUUUUUCUAGGAUCCAGGCUGUUUACCUGUCAUUGUACAAUCUGUACUCCACCAGCAGGGGACGGAAAGGCUAUUUUAGAUGGAGGGAAGACAUAUGUCAUUUCAUUGACAAGAACUGGAUGGUUUUAUAUCCUAAGAAGUAAGCAUAGUCCUGCAGUUAUCUAAGCCUUGCUUAGUCAUCCUUAACCUUCUAUGAUGGACUCAUAAUUCUUCAAGUUAGUGUAUAAAAUAUUAUUAAUGAGCAAUAUUAGGAUUUUUUUGGUGUAUAUACUCAAAGUCUGGGUAGUGACAAUCAACUCUUUCCUAGUCAACCCUUUUUCCUCAUAGUAACUUCAGUCUACCUGUCCAAACAGUUUUUGGCUCCAGCUGGGUGUCCUGUAGCUCGUGUAUCUUCUUAGGAAAUUCUUUUUAAAGAAAAUGAAUGUAUCAAGCUUAACGUGUUGGGAAUCCUGUGGCAAAUAUUUACCUAAGGCUGUAGUUACACUGUGCCAGCCAGUUUUUCAGGCCGACACAAAAAACACUCCAGUUUAGUACUGUGUGAACACGUAUUCGAUAUGUGACUCUCCACUUUUAAUAGAGAUCAGUGUUGCAUAGCUUUGCUCUGUUACAGAAAUAAUCGUACUUAUGUGUGAACAGAAUCCCUAUACAGUAUGGUUGUCUUGCUAGAGCAAAAGCUGUCCAGUAUAGAGUGAACAUAACCUUAAUCUUUCAGGAAAAAGACAAACAAUUGGGCGAGUACAGUGGCUGGUGUAUUGUCAUCGGGGUGUCCUCAGUUUUUCAAGUCAGGACAAAAGGAAUUUAACAAAGAGACAGGAUGGUGGGCCUUACAGGAAAAUGUUGCACCAGCAGUAAAAUUUAAUGAACAAGGUUUGUUUCUUCUUUUCUUAUUUAUUGCAAUUUUUCCUAAUGAAAAUAAUAAAAAAAUGUUGAUUUUUUUUCUUACCAAAUUUAUUACCAAAUGUGUGUCUGCAACAUGAUUUUUGUUUAACUACAGGAAGUAUGGUUAAUAAACGUAAAAGAAAAGGAGGAAACCAGGCCUCAGGAAACAGGUCAAAGAUCUCUCAAAACAUAGACAAAGGACUGCCUUUAAUGGAACUCACACAACCUACACUGGAUGAUGAACACAAAGCACAGGUAUGAGAUCUUUUCCAGUGUCUUGCACCUCAUGUAAUGAUAUCACCCGAUGUAAGGAGACAGUCUUGGAUUCUGGAUCCCACUCCGUGGAUUCAGGAUUCUUAGUCAGUGGAACUUGGAUCCAGAUUCCAAGCAUAGACCUAUUCGGCUAACGCAAUGUUGUACCCAAUUCAAAUCUCCCGGGGAUAAGAUUCUUUGUGUAUUGCAUUUGCAUUAUAAUGUUGCAUUCACAUUUAAAUGAUAUGGAAAUUCCUGAAACAAACGUUUUAUUCCCAAAGGGUUUGAAUUGGGUACAACAUUGAGUUAGCCGAAUAGGUCUAUUAGUGGGAUUCUAGAUUCCUUGAGCUGUAAUCUGGACUCCAAAGCCCAGGAUUCCGCAUGCCAAAACUCACAUUUCCCAGAUUCCACCAUUCAGAUUCUCUUACCGGGUACAUCAAGGUUAAAAUGAUAGGAAGUUCGCAAUUACCCUGGUGACAGCAGUGAAGUAGAGACUAUAGGCAGCCAUCUUGCUUUCUUGUUCAAGUCCAUCAAGCAAAUGUGUGACAGCUGAAAUGGCCAUGCUUGCAACUGAAGGCCUGAAAAAAAGCCUGACACUUCACAUCUCCUGAACUCUCUGCUUUGCCACUAGCUGCUCACAUGUUUCGCAUGCCACUCCUCAAAUUUACAAAUCUUCUAGUGAAAAUGUACUUGUUAUAAAGUGAAAUCGUGUCCUUUUUAACUCCUUUUCAAUUAUUCCUACUGGUAUAAUUUGACAACUGCACUUUUAAGGCGAAUUUAAAUGCAGUAGUUAGUUCUCAGUUAAAAGUCAUCUAAGUUCAAGUGGGAAGGAAACAGUAGCAUGUGCUCAUGUCCUCCAUGAAACGUCACCUUAAAACCUUUUUACACAAACAAUCUUAACUUCGAAUUUUGAUUCAAUUUUAGGGGUUAUUUCAAAUCGAAAGGCAGUGUAAACAAACAACUGACACUGACGGAGAAGACAAUUUCCAAAUAAUCUCAGAAAAGAAAUAUGAAAGAGGCCUUUAUUUUUUCCUCUACACAGCAACCAACUAAUGACAUUUUCUGGUGAAUUUCUUCUAGUCAUUAGCUGUAACAGACAGUAGUAAAUCUGACGACUUAAUACCACAGUUACUUACCGACGAAGAUAUGCGUGAGCUAGACUCACUGAACUCUGAAUCAGGUGUGUAUUCGUCAUCGGGGGCCCUUCUCUCCAAAGUCCUGAUAGUUUUUCGGGCCCGAAAAGCACUUUUAUGUUUACCGUCUUUGCAGUCAAGAUCAAAGUUUCAAUAAUUUUGAAAAUGACACGAUAAAAGUAUUAGUUAACGAAGCAUGAUUGACCGGUUUUUGAGCUAGGAACCGUGCUACUAUGCAAGAGGCGUUGAUUUCAAAAUUUGCCUUCGGACCCGAAAAGGUACCGGGCUUUUCGAUAAACAGAGUUAACUUUUGCAAAGACUUUUGGGUCUGUUACAAGGAACUUUGAUACGAUCUCCAAUUUUGAAGAUCUCAUAGCUAAGAUCAUGAACUUCGUACAGGAAAACCAGCCUCAGAUUCUACGGACUUAUAAACCCUUAAACCCACUUUUUCUGUUUGUUUGUUUUUAAAAUACAAUCACUUGCUAUAGUUUCUUACUUUUCAUUGUAAUUUCCAGGAUUUGAUUCUUUCUCCAACCUCUUAUCAACGAGUUUUGAGGAUGUAGACAGCACUUCUUUCUUUUUUACUGGCGAAGAGGAGCAGGCAGGUUCGUUAGUUUUAUCCUAGAUGUAAACCAGUUUGUUCGUUAACUAGGGUCCUCUGUUCCGUUUCUGGCAGCGCGUGGUCUUCAAAAGAAGAGUUAAAGCUGAAGUUUAGGCUACAUAAUUAUACCUGUUUGAAGCCAGAGAUUAGAGUAUUUUACAUACCAGUUCUUUGGAGAUUCCCUACCCCAACUUUUGAAAACUAAUCGAGUGUCUGUUGGGUACGUAUUUAUGGAAACUGUGUGAACGUAGCGUGAGUUGUUGAAUAAUUUUGUGAAGCAUCUUUUUUACCCUUAGAUUCAGUAACCAAACAAGAUGAUACUGAAUCCGUAGCUUCGACUGUUACAUCAGAUAUUUCAAGUAAGAACCAACAGUCUGACUCACUCCAGACCAAGGUCAAGAGUAAGCCCAUUAAAACAACCGCGAGCACCUCCCAGUCAAGGUUAGUAUUACGCGUCUGCAAACUGAAUGCUACACACUUAGUGUGACCGUUCAAAUGAAACCUGUCCAGCAAUACUUUCGCAUGGUACUAUUUUUGGUGUAUGCUAUUCUAACUUUGGAGUCUGUGGACGAAAUCCUAUGGUGUUACCAUUCAAAUGUGGUCUCUUAAACAGUAUUUUCACAUGUUACUAUUUGUUUUGUACGUUGUACUAACUUUUGAAGCCUGUGCUUGACAUUCUGUGGUGUGACCAUUCUACUGAAACCUCAUUAGGCUGAAUUUCAGCCAUCUCGUCGAGUCGCAUACUAGAAGGGACGGCUGAAAUUCAGGCUAUUCUUUCACAUGGUACAAUUUUUUUUCAUUAUUUUUUUUUAGCGACAACAAAAACAAAUAUAAAUUUCUUAUUUUUCAUGAAUUUUUAUGUAAGCUACUCUUUAAAGAAAAAAGGGUUAACCGCACGCGAUGUUCGUUAACACUUUCUUGUUGCUUGCAGUUUAUUUGUGGUCUCGGAGGAAAAGGAAAAGGAUCUAUUACUGAGAUUAAAUUCCUGUCCUAAGGCGAUGUACCAUGACCCGGUGGCGAGGAGAUUUAGAAGGAAGCUUAUUCUACGCCAGGUAUCAUUAGAGACCUUUACAUUCUACGACGAGUACGACUACGAGUACGAGAUUUAACACAAAGUUUUUUUCGCGUAUUCUCAAAUAAUACACACCCUAUAUAGCUUCAUUGUACAUCUUUUUCACCAAAAAAAUAAGGAGGUUAAGCUAUCUCCCAGCCGCAAAAUGAUAAAACGUAUAACACUUUAUAACUUUUGUCCGCUAACACGACAUUCCCGCUAAAACUUGUAGCAGAAUGACGAUGACUAUCACGUUUUCCCGCCAAAAUUACGCUGGUUUACGCGCGCUUACUCGAGAAAAUCUCGUACUCGUCUUAGUAUCUAAAGCUCUCUUUUACAAGCGGACGACAACUUAGGUUAUGUUCACACUCUACCAGACAGUUUUUCGUCUCGACCCGAAUACCCAUCUGGUAUAGUAAAAACACCUACCCGAUUUUUGACUCCCCACUUUAGAGAUCGGCGAAGCACAACGUCGCUACGUUAUAGAAAUCGCGCUAAAAUCACCGUUCUUAUGUAUGAAGGGAAGCCCUAUCCAGUAAAGUAUAAACACCUAUCAGAUAUGUGACUCUCCACUUUAGAAAUAUACUUGCUACAAGUCGACCUCUUGGCGAGCGGAGCGAGCCUUGUUUGGCCGCGAAGCGGCCGACCGCGAGCAACGAAGUCGCGAGAGGUCGUCCUUCGUCCCGCGCCAUUUGAAAUCCUACGAAGGACUUUUUUGAAAGUCUACUUUAGAGAUCGGCGAAGCGCAACUUCGCUCCGUUAUAGAUUUCGCGCUAAAAUUACCGUUCUUAUGUAUGAAGGGAAGCUCUAUCCGGUAUGGUUUACGUGCCCGGGCAAAAGCUCUCCGGGGUAGUGUGAACACAGCCUUAAUUAGCAAAACCACACAUUUGCACAUACUACGAGAAGUUCUAGCAAGUGCUAUGAUAAGUUUAAUCACCAAAACAACACACUGCGAGGAGGUUUAAUUAUCAAAUUAAUUAGCAAAACAAAAAUUUGCACGUGCCACGAGAAAUUCCAGCAUGUGCCAUGAUAAGUUUAAUCACCAAAACAACACACUGCUUGUGAGGUUUAAUUAUCAAAACAAUAAAUUUCCAAGAAAGUUUUUGAGGCCCUGUCCACCGGAAUCCGCCGGAUAUUUGUGUCUUCAAGAUAGCUCUGAGAAAGGCUGCACGUGGCAUUGAUAGUGUAAAUAACGUAAUUCUCAUUUGUUCUAUUCAGCUGAAAAGGUCUAAAGGAUUGAAAUUAUUUGACCUGGACGAGUCUGUUUCCGAGGCUAUUAGUUCAACUGUGAGAUACAAGCUAACCCCAGAUGGCGCGGUACCAAUUGAGGUAAGCAAACGUGACGAAUAGUGCUAAACGUUGCCUUUCGUUUCUCGGUAUUUGGGAAGGCCUUGGGAGAGUAUAAGCGUAGUUUGUUGUUCGUCUCGAGUGUUUCUCGAGUGCUCCUGUUUCUUUUUCUCCAGGUUCUCUCUCGUUACGUCUCGUUAGAAGCCUAGACCGCAGCCAGUUUAGUAGGAGAAAAUAUUUAUUGGAAAGGCCUCGGAAAUAGGAGGGAACAAAGGAGAAUACUAACGCGAUUUCCCUUCUCUCAUUCUCAUCCGCCUCAUAUUCUCUCGUUAAUCUUAUUCUGUGCCUUAUGUAGUACGUAUUUCGUUUUGAGGAGGAAACUCGGAGGCCUUGGAAUUUGGAACUUCUUCAAAGCUCCACCAGACACGCAUGUUUGCGCGUAACAGCCUUCCCAGCUUUGAACCCUGGACUUUGCUUCCUGGUUAUAGUAAGUUUGUUUCUCUUUUGAUAGAAUCGCAGCACAUCUUCAGAUGUCGUUGAAGAAACUCGCGUCAAGCCCCUCAAACUUCAGGCUUCCUCAGCAUUUACUUCUACAGACAAUAUCCUCGAUAGAUUUCAGGUGAGACACGAAUAGAACUUCACAAAACCAUAUUUACUGUUCUAAAAUUACUCCCCCCCCCUUCCCCCUCGGAGGGCUUAUUUAUUUAAAGCCCAUUUGAACUUCCAGUUGGUAAAUAAACCAUCCCGAAUCAGUCCACACGAAGUUUCACAGUCGUGAUUGAUUAAUACAGUCUAUCAUAGUAUUAGUGAAGAAUAAUUAGGGGAGGGGAGGGGGGCUUAUUAACUUUCUUUCCCUGACGAGGAGGGGGGCUUAAUAGAGACGGGGUCCUAUUUGAGAGGGGGCGCUUAUUUAACUGAGAAAAGACGACGAUGUCAGUUCUCCAUAAAGAACUAGAAUACGAAAAAAAGUGGAAAAGCUCAUUUAGGUCAUGCAGCCGAGGAUCGGAAACAAGUCCGAACUUCCAGUUGGUAAAUAAACCAUCCCCAGGAGCCCAUCAAAUUGAUCAUUGAUCAUUGAAUUGAUCAUUUGAUGGGCUCCUGCCAUCCCGGAUCAGUCCACACGAAGUUUCACAGUAGUGAUUGAUUAAUACAGUCUAUCAUUUAUUAGUGACGAAUAAUUAGGGGAGGGGAGGGGAGGGGAGGGAAGGGGGGGGGCUUAUUAAGGGGGUGUGCGUAUUAGAGAGAGGGGACUUAUUUGAGAGGGGGUGCUUAAUAGAGGAUUUACGGUAUUCAUCUUUACUUUCCAGGCAUCUCCUCGAAUGCUUCCGAGUUCUCGCCCCAGGACUUGCUCGUUUUUAACAAGGCUCAUUGGUGGCGAUAAUCAGACGUUGUACAGACCUAUUACCAGUCCCUACACGUCCAGGAUACUGAAGCCAUUUAUCCGACGAGAUUAUGAGAGUAGACCUUUGAAGCUGAAGCUGUUGCAAGAUAUUGUCUCUCACUAUCACAGGUAUUCAUUACCAUAAAUCCUCUAUUAACCCUCUUCCCGGGGGGACUUUCAAGCGCGUUUGAGGGGGGAGGGUUUAUUGAGAGCGGUGACUCCUUGAAUUUACCGAUACGGGGGCUCUACUGUAUCGAUUCUCCAUAAAGAACUAGGACGCAAAGUGGAAAAGCUCAAGAAAAAGACGUUGGAGGUCUUGCAGCGGAAGAUAAAAACGAAUAUGACCUUUAAGCACAUGAAUAAAUCAUACCAGAUCAAUCCAUCUUUUAUUAAUUUGGUUGUGAAAAAUAAAGAGAGAGGAGAGGGCGGCUAAAAGAAAGGUGGGGGCUUUAAUAACUUUCUUCCCCUGAAAAAGAGGCAGAGCGGGGCGGGGGGGAGCUCUGUGAAGACUUGCGGUACUUUCAUAUGCAGUAUAAGGCUUAUAUUCUCUGAGCGGGGUACACAUCCCCCCUGAUGGACGGCGGGGUGUACUUUCAUACAUCAGCUAUAUACAGUACGCAACUGCUAUGCGUUAUUGACCAAGAUGGGUGGAUAUUUUCCAAGUUUCUUUUUGUGGUUUGAUGGGACCGAGGCCAAUAUUCAGGCAUCUUGACCAGUUUUUUGUUACGGGACCAACGCGGGAAAUCCCGAGCGGACAAAUGGGCCCAUACGCCCAUUCCGCCCGAGUAGCCAAUCAGAACACGGCAGGAUUGACUUCAUCUUGGCCGUUCACGAAUUCAGCCAUAUAAUAAAUGUGUGUUUUUCCAGCAGUUAUGUUUAGGUUAUGGUACAGAAAUCAAAGUGUAUUCGUCUAGAGCAAGUGAGUUAAAGCCACUGAAAAUGAGUAUAAUAAAUGUUCCUUUUUUAGGAAUGAUCCGGGUUGGAAACCACCACCUGUUGCUCCAAUUGAUUACUGCUACGUGCAACCGCAUCAUAUUCCAUCUGUAAACGCCAUGUGUAGAGAGUUCUUCUGGCCAGGAAUCGAUCGUAAGUUUUCUCAGUUUUACUUUUCUUCUUCCCCCUUCCUUCUCCCCUCUUCUUCCUCCUCCUCCUUCUCCUUCUCCUUCUCCUCCUCCCCUCCUCCUGCCCCUCCUCCUCCUCCUCCUCUGCCUCCUCCCCCUCCUCCUCCUCCUCCUCCUGCCCCUCCUCCUCCUUCUCCUCUGCCUCCUGCCCCUCCCCCUCCUCCUCCUCCUGCUCCUCCUCCCCCUCCUCCUCAUCAUCACCCUCUAUCCUCGUUAUCAUCAUCAUCGCCAUUGUCGUCAUCGUCAGCGUCGUCAUGAUCAUCCUUGCCAUCACUCCCCAUCUCCGUUAUCAUCUCCAUCAUUACCAUCACUCCGUUUUUUUUUUUGCUGCAUACUAAAUCUUUCUUUGUUUAUUGUUUCUGUUUAUAGUGUCUGAAUGUCUUCAAUAUCCUGACUUCAGCUGUGUUGUCCUUUACAAGUAAGAGACAUAGAUUAAAAUGCGUUUUUUUUGGCGGACUGCGGAGCUUCUAGCAGUCUAGAACGCAACUCUCUGCAGUAUCCAUAAUGCUUAUUUAAAAUGUAAUCGCAGGUCGUGUCAAGGAAAACACAUUUCACUUCACUGCGAUAUGGUAACAGCCGUUCGAUCUUUUCUUGCAGAAAAUUUGUCAUCGGUUUUGGCUUUAUGGUCCCGGAUGUGAAAUACAACGAGGCUUACAUCUCAUUCGUUUUAGUCCAUCCCGAGUGGCGCCGAGGGGGGAUUGGAACCUACAUGAUUUAUCACUUAAUUCAAACUUGCUUGGGUAAAGACGUGACACUCCAUGUAUCAGUCACGAAUCCAGCCAUGCUAAUGUAUCAGAAAUUCGGUUUCAAACCCGAGGAGUUCAUACGUGACUUUUAUAACCGAUAUUUACCCGACGAUAGUCCGCAGUGUAGGCAUGCGUUUUUUCUUCGACUUAGGAGAUAA